GUGGUAGAGGCUUAUAAGCAAGGUCUGAGACCAGCCGUUGGCUAUGAGCUCAACCCCUGGCUGCUGUGUCUCUCCAACUACCGGGCCUGGAAGGCUGGGUACCACGGGAAGGUUUCCUUCCUGAAGAAAGAUCUGUGGAAGGUGAAUCUUUCCGAUUGCCACAAUGUGAUCGUGUUCCUGGCCCCCAGCGUGAAACCUCCCCUAGCCACCAAGCUCCUUGCAGAACUCCCCGACGAAGCCCGGGUGGUGGCCGGACGCUUCCCCUUCCCCUCCUGGACCCCCACCAGCACCCUUGGGCAGGGGCUGGAUCAAGUCUGGGCCUAUGAUAUGAAGGAGGUGCGACGAGUGGCGCAGAGCAGCGCAGAGGGAAGCCCGGUCUAA